ACUUUGACCAGUAUGAAGAGGGCCAGUUGGAGCUGGAGCAGGCCUCCCUGGACAAGCCCAUCGAAUCGCGAAUUGGCCCCUAUUAGCUAAGCAGCAAUGACCUGGUUUGUAUUUGCACGCUCUGCUUUCUUACUCCUAUCUUUAGGGUCCUUGUAACGCUUCUCUGACUGUCUUUUUCUCUCUCUGUUUCACUCCUGUCACACUCUACAUCUAUUCUCUCUCUCUACCUCUAUUUCUCUCUCGCUCCCUCCCUACUACACAGUGAUUCGGUGUACAGUACCCUCUGUCAUUCUGUGCUGGCAUGGUGCUUGUGCAACUGGGACUGCAUUUUUCGCUGAAGAGGCACAAAGAUAAUAGCGCAGGCAGCUCUCUUCUUUCUGUCUUUCCCACUCUCUCCAUCCCCCUCUUCUGUCUCUGAAGCACUGUGGUGAGCAGGCCCAAACUCCUCUUACCUACAGUGUCAGGUCACCUCUCCUCAACAUUAUAGCUGUGCUUUGUUAGCCAAUCAGCAAGACUCAGCAACCAGGUAUAGAUCAAAAUAAUGUAGUUGAUGUUUUUUGGAAACAGAUGCUUUGAACAUUGAUGUAUAACUAAAUUUGUGACAGUUUCCUUUAUCACUCAUCAUGAUAAUGUAAUCAAUAAUUAAUUACAAUUCAAAAGCUCAUAGAAUAAAAAGUGUGAAUUUGCAUCAGCUGGGACCUCUGUGCCAAAUUUUACCCUCCUAGGGCAAAAACUGUGGCUGCCAAUGGGUGGGGUAAUUUUUGUGGAACCAACCAACAGAGCGAGCUUUAGGGCUGUUGGUCAUAGCUAAAACAUAGCAUAUUUCCCCUCAAUGAGAGCCAUUGUAAAACAAUUGACAUUACUCUUUUGCAACAUAAGUUAAUUAAAUAUUGGAAUCAUGAAUAAAUGCAAGUAAAUUCUUAAUAUCAAAACGAUAUAACAGCUGAAAGAAUAGUUUGCUAAGAAAAACUAAGAACUUAUCAAUAUAUCAAGUACAUAGAUUUGGUGAGACUAAACAUUCAAAGCACUGAAAAAAAACGUAGAGCCAUUUUUAGGUCAAUAAAAAGAGCAGUAGGCUACACAUGAAUGUUACCAGGCCUGUGUUUGUUGACCUUUUAAACAGCAGUAGGAGAAAAUGUAGUCAGUCUUGCUGACCAUGGCAAAAUAAAUGUUUUACUUUAAGGGAAAAAGCACCUUUUACAUAAGUUUGUCUUAAUUCUCACAUCAUAUGAUCAUAUUUGUAGCCUGAACAUGUGUUUUCCAUAGCUAGAAUCUAGUGAGCCAAAAACGAUAGUUUUAUAUCCUAGUUGAGUUUUAUGUAUGAUGUACUUUCUCACAGGCACACAAGUAUCCCGCUGUGUGUGGGUAGUGAAGGGGGAGAAAAGAGAGGGAGAGAGGUGGCCUGCUCACCUGGCUGGCUUGAAUGGCUCUUUUGCUCCUGCGCUAUUAUUUGUGGAGGGGUGCUGAGGGCCGAGCUGCAGCAUCACACAGCUCCUCGCACAUCAGUGGAAACAAGGCCACAUCAGAGGUGCCAUCAAUUGUGACUUUGUCACCAGUAGUAAUACUUACAUAUUCUCUUUGGAAAGUGCAUGCCCAAAGAAGAGGGUGGCAGAUCUCAUUGUUAAGUAACCAUGAAAGUCUGCCACCAAUUAAAAAAUGUAAUCCUGAAGAAAAUUUGGGAGGAUUUGGUGAUACCUGUUGUUACAUUAGGUGAAUUUAAUAAUAUAAAUGACACAGUUCCUAUUUGAAAUGUACCAACAUACCAGCCAAAUGCCUGACGGCAGACGAGGUGAAAUUUAUCUUCACCUGCUUAGCCUCAAAAUAGAUGUGAUAUACAGUGCACGUAAAUGUAUUAAAAAGAAACGUAAAUACACAUAGACUGAUAUACAGUAUGUCACCAUGUUGUUAGGUAGAUAGGCUGCCUCCGCAGUGCAAACUUCUGGCAGUUGUCCACAAGUGUUACAUCUGGGAUCUGUUAGUGAAUGCUUCAGCCCAGCCUCUUGGAGCCCCUCCCCUGCCACUUAUUGUGUGUGAUCUUUAGGCAGCUAGAGGUCUGUGGUACUUUAUUGGGAUCUUUUUUCUCUUUCUGUCUUUCCCCUUUGGUCUUUUGCUCUUUCUCUCUAACAUUGUUUUUGCAUUGCAUGUGUUAACUUGGUAGCAUUCAGUACUAUUUUAUCUCAACACUGUCCUAAUCACUACUACAGUUUUUCUCCCAAACUCAUUCCUCCCACGUUCUCUGCCCCUUCCAGUCCCUCCCUCCCUCCUCCCCUUCCUGACCCUGUCCAAGAGCGAUAUGCAGCGGGCAGCCUCAGAGCCACAGAAACCACACAUACAUGCCAGAAAUUUAAGAAACACAUGUAUACAGGCCACAAGAAGAUUUGUCUUGGUAAAAGGUUUAAUGUGUAAUUUUCUAUAUCCAAGAUGUAGUCACUAGUAGUUAUUUGCUAUACAGUGUCUGAGGUCCAUCAGGACUUUGAUUGCUUUAAGUUGAACAAAACAGAAAGCAGACAUUUUAGGGAUUCGUGUUACUGAAUUAUGAAGUGUGUAGCCUUUUGAAUUAUAGCCAGACAUUAUUGACACAGCCUUUCGUCACUGUUGACUGUUUAGCUGUUUGGUGGAAAGAAGAACACAAGGAAAAGGUGAAAAUCCUCACACACAUUUUUUACAACAUUGCAAGCUCUCCAUUUAGCACCAGUCUUAAUCCAGUGAGCAGCGGGGGUGAUGGGUUCAAGGUCAUUGCUGAGGCCCUCCAAAUGUUCUUUUUAAAGUCAGCAAUGGAGUAUGAGUGGAGAAAAACAAUAACCAAACCAGGAAAUAACCAAAACGGUUUACUUCAAACUCAAUGGGAAUGUGAGUGUUACAGUCUCUAUGUAGAGAUGUCAGAGACCUUUUUAAACUUUGGCCUUCAGUUUUUUUAACUACACGUUGAUGAGUUGGGCCCUCAGAAUUAUGGUAGGUAAGUAUGUGUUUUUAAAUUAUUAAACAUUGGUAUUAAUUGGACUCUGCUUCGCUGUCAUUUUCCUCAUCAUUUAGUCAAUGAAAUCUUUAAUCCCCUCACAUUAAAUCUGACACAUCCACACUUCACCUCCAUUCACUGGGAAAUAGGAGCCUUCUGUUAUAGUUGUUUGGCUCUUGAUGCACUGAGACAUUUGUUUCCAUUUAGUCACACCUGCGGCAGCUGAGACUAGCCAGGAAUGUAUAGAGCACCAAACACAAGGGAGCUGAGCAAGUUUAUGAGAAGCAGCAGACAGCAGGCCCUGUCCUCCACCAGCACUUGCCAGAAGUCAUUCCUUAGGGACAUGAAAAAAGGAUGAGUAACUGCAGCAGCCCAUUUUUUUUUUGCAAGACAGAUCUCUAAAGGGUCUGUCUCAGUUUUCUUUUCAGAACAUGCAAAAUCUCAGAGCUGUUGUUAAGAGCAGUCAUCCAAAGAAUUGUACUUAAACCGUGUGGUUUGGGUUAAUUUAGGUCUACUCACUCAUGUUGAUCAAUAUGCAUGCAAUCUCAACCAGAGCAAUUUCUUUUACCUAGACAGGGACACACAAACACACCCAUACUUUACACAAAUGGCUUAAUAGCAAUAAGAUUCCUAAACACUCUGAGGUCUCUCGGUGGGGUCCCCUGCAUAUCACUUCCCGUACCCACAUCUUUUGCCAUGCACUGUACCGAUGACGGCACAAUGCACACUUAAAAAACACCCCCUCUUGUAGAUCUCUUUUGUUUGGAUAACAUUUUCUAUUUUUCUUUCUCCUAUAUUAACAGUCAGUUGGUGGAUUUAUUGACAUGCCUACCUUUUCUGUUUGUAUACAGUAUUAUGUUUGUUUAAAAGCAGAGAGAGAUUUUUGCAUUUUAAAGAACUUAGAGAAGCUAGCAGAAUUGCAGUUGAAAGCGUUUGGCCGGUUUCUUACGUUGUGUCACGUGUGACUGUUUUUUUGACAGCCCAGUAUUUUAAAGCCAGGUUCGUAUGGAAAUGCCUUCACUCCACUUGCACUGCUGUUGGACUCGCCGUCGUUGCUUUCAUCCGUCUGUCUGUCUAUUCUUUUGGUGCACUCAUCUGCUGUUCAACACGCAGUCUGCACCUCAUCUCCGCCUUCUAACCUUUGCUGAGCCCAUUUUGACCUAAUCUCUUUAUUAGUGUCAGCAGUUGUGACUGGUGCCUCACCCAACUUGCCCUUCUUGUUUUUAAUAUUUUUUUAAUCUUACUGAGAUAAAAAGUGGAAGCUUUGUGAGAGAAAACACGUUUAAUUUAAGGUAAGGCUUAUGUUCCCUAAGCUUUCAGACUGUUUCAUCGUACAGCCCUUGGUCAGACCUCUGCCUUUAGUGAUGAAAAAUAAAUAAGCUUGCGUAGAGGAUAAGGUAUAGUAUUUCUCAGGCAGCUAGUUUAGGGUGCAUUUUAUUUUCCUCCUCGCCCCAAGCUUCAUAGAUCAGCUAAUCCCCCAAAUCAAUAUAAACGAUCAUGUGCAGAGUGUUGCACCAUAAUACUGCAGUAAAGGACAGAAGCAUACCCAAUGUCGAUGGGAGGGGAGGCGUUCACUGCAGCAAAUUCUGCAGUGUUUUCCUACACAAUGAAGUCGGGACAAGAUGUCCACCAGGGAUGAGACGACACACUCUAUCAGCCAUACAGCCUCUUAUUCUGUGCAUCUUGUGACAUGUCCAGGAGCUGCCAGGCAGGGGCAUCUUAUAUACAGUGAUAGCAUGUUAAUGCAGCCUUUAAUGUUCCUGUUAUAGGCUGAUAAAGGCAGGCUGUCCCCAGUUCAGGCCCAGCACAGAUUCCUUUCUUAUCUCUUUCCACAGCGGAAGGGAUCUGACUGUCACACAGAGUAAGCACAGCAAAUACAUCCAUGAAAUGAACGGAGGGAAAAAAAUACCAAACCCCAACAAAAACAGGAAGUGAAACAGUUUAGCCUCUCUCCUGGGAGGCAAACAUGGGCCACAUGUUUUGGUUAUCUUUAUUCUAGUCAUCAAGAUGGUGGCAUUUCCCAGUUUUUAAAACUGACACACUUUUUUUUUUCAUCCAGAAAUAUCAAAUAGGGCAAAGGAAGGCAACAGUUUGCUCUGAGAUACGUACAGUGAUUGACAAAACACCAAAUGUACCCCAAAUGAGACUUUGUCGGGGCGGAGAUGCAGUGUGUGCUGCGUGUGUGACUACCAACCCCUUCACAUGCACUAACCCAUUCAAGCCCAGCUCACCUCCACCACCCCAGAAACUCACCUCCACCAUGGCUCAGCCUGCUCUGUUCUGCCCCCCCACCCUGUCCCGACCUCCUCUUUUAUCAAAGAGAACUAACAGAGCCCUGUUGAGCCAUCACCUUCCUCUCUGUGCCUGAUCCACCCGAGACUAACACAGUUGGAGUUUUGUUAACCCACCCUCCACCCACAACCCGCCCCACCCCACUGUAUGUGUACCAUUCACAAUGCGCUACUAACACCGACGAUCCUUUUUGUUAAAUCUCUUUAACAAAAAGCUGCAUGCUGUUUUGUUCCAACCCCUUCACUUUCUGUUUGUGAAAGUUGAUGUCAAUCUCUUUGUGAUUAUAAAUAUCCUUUUUUGUUUGGUUUGUAUGUUUUUAUUUUUUGGUAGAAUGCAGCACUCUGGUGAAUGUUAGACAAGCCUGGAAUAGUUAUAAUCACAACAGAAAAACACUGCUUAUUAAAAGAAAUCUCAUUGUUUCCUGUUUAUUUGUGCUUGAGGAUGUACUGUAGUGUGUAGUGGUGGGACGGUCUUGCAUUUCACUUAAUGUUUUUGUUUUCUUGCUGACCCAUACUAGUGAUAUAACAGUCUCAGACAUGCACAUUUGACCCCAGAGAGUGCUAGGAAUUCCUGCUGUGUAUGUUCUUGCACUCCUCACUUGCCUCUUUGAUUCAUUAUCAGUCACCUGGCCUUGUCCACAUUUAUACUGCUUGUAUACUUUUGGUCAUAGUAGGGCUAGGUAUUGUUUAACAAAUUAGGAUACCGGUACUAAUAUCAGUAUCCUUAAAGUGAUACCAGUCGAGUCAAUCAUUCUGAUACCCAUAAUGUGAAUGGAGUGGCGUGCAGUAUAGACAUUAUUUUGAUGGCAUCUUGGCACGCUGAACCGGCAACUCUGUCAUAUACACACAGGACUUACCGUUAGCCUCACAGAGCUAAGGUUACCUAACGUUAAAUAACAGUUUUAACAGCAGAGUCGAGCCGGUGCGGUUCUGGUUUUGGGAUGAGUUUGUUGGGACCAUUAAAAGGCACAGUGUAGGCUGUUGUGUUAGCUCGUGCUAAUUAACCAGGUAGACGUUGAAUUGACUGUUUGCCAGCAGGAGUGCGGCUGUGGAGACGGCAGCAACAAAAAGUUUGCUGGACCAGCGGGGAGUGGGGAAGGUCUAGAAUCAGACACAAAAAAAAAUGAUCAAAUGCAGUUAUCGUUUGACUGGAGAUGUUCAAUUCUAGCUACUUGGUUAUUUUGGCUGAAACUGAAAAGGUAUUAAGUAACAAUACCCAGCCCUAUAUCAUAGCAAUCAUUAGUAUUAAAAGCAAAAAACUUUAUCCACUUUAAAGUGGAUAGCGCGACUGCAGUUAUUUUAUCUUACUCUAGCUAAAAACUAACUAGCAGUUUGGUACAGGGCAUCUAUUCUAAAAUAUGUUUUAUAGUUUAUGAAUACUAAUGAUAUCUAUGAGACUGAUCAAAUCAGAGGCACGCUGACAUCACAAAUUUGUGUCUAAUAAUGAUUUAAAACCGAAAGUGUGUACAUGGCUUCAGAACAGACCACUGAUAAUAGACAAGAGAGGCUGGAGGUGUCCAAAAACAUGCACAACAGCUGUUUCUAGUGUAUCGAAUGGGGCAACAUGCACACAAUGUCUCCCUCUCUUCACCUGCACACCCACAUGUCCCCUCACACGUGCAUAUUCUGUCCACCCUGGGCCUUGUAAUGGUAAUCCAAGGCCCACUAGCUCCACUUCUGUCUCUUCCUCCUGCUGUAUUUUUUUGUGACAGCUGCAUAUGUUUCAUGGUGCUCCCCCUUGUCAUGGUUACGGAAUCACAGCAAGCUUGGAGUUUCUGGUCUUCGUUUUGUUGAUGCAAGAUUUCCAUACCUGUUCUGUGUCACUUUUCUUUGUGUACUAAGAUCUUGCUCUGUAGUGGUUCAUAUAUGUAUGCGUGUGUGAUACAUAUAUUGCCCCCUCCUUCCUCCCACUUCUCUUCAACUUCUCAGUUAGUGGAUGUGACUUGAUGUGUUAUCUUUAUCAUCAAAAAAAAUAAAUAAAAAAAAUAGAAAUGCUCAUACCCAAUUGCUUUGCCUUAAAAAACUGCACACCUAUGGUAGGAGGGUAUCCUGUAGUUUACAGGCUACACAUAGCCUCAUGUAUUCAUCAUAGUGGAAAACCUACCCUUCCUCUCAGUCUCCCACCCUCUAUCUCCCCACCCCACCCCCAACUGCCCUUACCACUCCUUGUGCUGGAAGACACUGAUAUUACAUGCUGUAGGUGAUGUGGAUGACGAUAAUGAUGAUGGUGAUGGUGGUGGUGGUUGUGCUGAUGAUGAUAGCGUGAUUUGAGUGUUUUGUUUUGUUUGUUUUGAUCAGUACCCAACGGGGAAAAGCUCCUCUUAUUAUUGGAAUAUUUUUGGUUUUUUUCUCCUCUGUUCUUUCUGCUAGGAUAACAUCGGACACCGGCUGCUUCAGAAACAUGGCUGGAAGUUGGGGCAAGGUCUUGGCAAAACCAUGCAGGGUAAGGUUUGUUGGACCCCCUCUGUAUGUCAGUAUGUGUGUGUGUGGGUGUGUUUUCUUUCUCCCACUCGGCAGUUGACCUCAAUGUAACACCCCUUUUACAGUGUACCGUAGGCUAAUGGCCUCUGUCAGCUUCCUCCUCUUUGCUUCAUAAUCACUAAACCUUUAUUUCAAUCUGCACAAAGAGUAAAAGUGCUUCGAUUUGAACAAAGAACAAAAAAUCCAUUUUAAAUCAAGGUAGAUUUAGGAAGCCAUGAUUCCAUCACAUCCUUUAGAAUCAUCAUCUCCACGUAUGUUAGAUUUAUUUAUUUAUUUUUUUUUACCUCUUUGAGUUUCCGUUGCUGCUGUCGGGUAUCUGAUUGGCUGUAACCACGGCUCAGACUUUGAAUGGCUUGCAGAGUAGACAAGUUUUCCCCCCUCUGCUUGUUUGCCUGUUUCUACCUCCAAACCUGUGAAACUUGUGUGUAUGUGUGUGGUCAUUAUGUGGGACUGAGAUGUGUGUGUGUGUGUCUGUUACUGACCGGGCCAUAGAGUCAACUUACAGGGAAAUCUCACCACACUUCUACACCCCGAAUGUCUCUGUCCCCAUGGUUACACGCUCCCGUCCUCCCCCUGUUUCUUUGCCCCUCCUGCACAGCAUGUUUGUCCCAGAGGUGCACUCUUGCCUGCCUCAAACCGUCACACUCACCUGGGGCUUUAAGCAGUGUUGGAGGUAAAACACAGAAGUACUCCUUUUACAUGAUAGAGUGAAAAGUAACACUUCAGACAGAUGCACAGUUCAUUUUUAAGUGGUAAGACUGCUACUACAUAGCAUUGCAGACCCAACUCUAAGCACUGCUCAAAGCCUAGCUGGCUCUUUCCUCAGGUACAUUUGUUGUGUGUCAUGUGUUGUUCUGGGGUCAAGCACAUCCCAAAACAAGCUUUUGCUGGCUGUAGGCUGGCGAGGAAAUGAAAGAAUCUCAGGGAGAUUUGCUAACUGGGCUGACAAGCGUCUGCGUGGCAAAAAGCUUAAAGGGGGAAAAUGGUGGUCGUCCCUAGAGGCAUCUAUCAUCUCUGCCUACAUAUUUGACCACAUGUUAAAAAAUGGCUCAGUGAUUUCCAAAAAUAGAUGUUUUGAUUCAUGACUUUUGCUAGAAGAUAUGCUUCCUUUUUUCCUUUACCUCUCGGAGUUAAUAUGCCAUCAAACCCAGCUGGUUUUUAAUCAUUCCCUCACCCAGUACAGCUCCUCCAAAAGCACUUAUCUGAAGGGGUUUCUAUUUUUCUGCUUGGUGAAGGUAAAAAGUGAAGGUUUUUACUGGGGUGUAUUUUGUAAGGGGUGGUAGUUUGGUACCUUAGGGGCAUAUUCUGGUUGAGAGAGCAAGAUGGCGCCAGGCUAGGGGCCUGGGGACUGGGACGAGUGGUUGGGAGAGAGUGGUGAGAGGAAAUCCCUGUAAGCACCUAGCCCUGAGUGAAGGGAUGAGGGGGGUGGGGAUAGGGGUGACACACUGAAGCCCCUCUGAUAAUAAACCCCCCUAAACCCCACAACCACACUCCCAACCCCACCCUCCCUUCUCUAUGUGCCUCAAUCUUCCUGCUUAACCAAUUGGUGUUUCUUUUUUACAGCGAUUUGAUCCUGCCCAUGUUGUGCUGAUGGUAAACUUAGUGGACGCACCGACCCUGUGCCCAUCAUCCUCAAAUAUGAUGUCAUGGGAAUGGGACGGAUGGAGAUGGAGCUGGACUAUGCAGAGGACGCCACAGAGAAGAGAAGAGUGCUCGAAGUGGAGAAGGAGGACACAGAAGAACUGCGGCAAAAAUACAAGGACCAGAUGGAAAAGGAGAAAGCCAUUGCCAAGGCUCUGGAAGACCUGAGAGCCAAUUUCUACUGUGAGCUAUGUGACAAGCAGUACACCAAACACCAGGAAUUUGACAACCACAUUAACUCGUAUGACCACGCUCACAAGCAGAGGCUGAAAGAGCUGAAGCAGCGAGAGUUUGCUCGUAACGUGUCAUCUCGCUCCAGAAAAGAUGGAAAGAAGCAAGAAAAGAUGCUGCGCCGAUUGCAUGAGCUGGCUGAGCAGAGGAAACAGCAGGACCGUACUCCAGGAAGCGGGCCCAUGUUCAAAACUACCACAGUGGCUGUGGAUGGAGAGAAGUCAGAAGAUGGCGACAUGACGCCUGAGAACACUGCUUUGACAGACUGUGUCCUAGAAGGAUCACUGGCAGAUAAAACCGGGGAAUCCUCCCCGAAGCCAGGCCCAACCAUCAGCUUCUCUCUGGGGAAGAACAGCUCCUCCUCGCCAACCCCCAGUGGCGGCUCCAAAGUCAGUGUGUCCUUCUCUUUUGCCAAGAAAGCCCCAGUAAAGCUGGAGACAGCAGCGGCAGUGUUUGCUGAUCAUGGAGAGGAAGCUAUGGAGGAAGAAGAUGGCCAGGAAGGAGAAAAGGCUGGAGGGCAGGAGGAGACAUCUGGCUGCGGUACAGACAGCCCUAAAGCAGGAUCAGGAGGAGGUGAAGGAGGAGACAGUGCUAGUGUGGUGGGGACGGAAGAGGUGCAGCAGCCUGAUGAUGGAGCCUCUCUAGCCUCCACUCUCAACAAACUGAAAAUGAUGAUGAAAAAAGAGGAAGGAUAUGCUGGACAAGAGCCUCAGUAUUAUCACUAUAUACCUCCAGCUCACUGUCGGGUAAAGCCUCACUUCCAGUUUUUGCUGUUUAUGAAGGCCAGUGAUCAGUGUACGAGCAAAGACGAGGAAGACGAGGAAGAGGGGCAGGAAGAGAAAAAGGUUGAAGAUAGUUCUGAACAGAAGGAGCCCAAUGUUACAGAGUGCAAGACUGAAAAAGAACGAGAUAAUGACACUUUAUCCCCUGACCCAGAGCCAGCUCCUCCAUCGCCUAAAGUGAAGACGGAGGAUGCCUCUUCAUGCACAGCAGAUGCAGGUCCUGUGGUCCCCACUUCCCCUACACAAAAAGCAGAGAGCACACAGGAAACUCUAGACUCCAGCUCGGGUCCUAAAAUCCCCACAGGUCCCUUCUUCCCAGUUCUGAGCAAAGACGAGAGCACGACCCUGCAGUGGCCCUCUGAGCUCCUCGAAUUCACAAAAGCUCAGCCCUCCCUGUCUUACAGUUGUAAUCCCCUCUACUUUGACUUCAAGCUGUCCCGCAACAAAGGAGCACGUGGUGGGAAAGCAGCAAAGUCCCCUAAGCCUUGUGAAGAGUCUGAGGACAAGGGGCAAGAGACGGCUGCCUCGACAGCUGAAGUAGACAUAGCUACUAAACCUGGGACUAGCACUGACAAAGACAAGCCACUGGUGAAGGGAGAGCCUGGCCAACCAGAAGGUGACGAGCAAAAGCCUGCAGCUGGCAGCAGUGGUGCCAAGAAGAAAAAGAAAAAGAAGAAGCAUAAGAAAUCUGCAAAGCAUUCAAAACGCAAAGGAAAAGACAAGGGAGCAAAAGAAAAUGCAGAGGGCGAGACUGAGGUUACGCAAGAGAAGCCCAAGAAAAAGAAAAAACACAAACGGAAGAAGAGCAAAAACAAAGCUCCAGAUCAAGAUGAGGCACCAGGUGAUGAAAAGGAAAAAGCUAAACCAAAGUCAGAAGAUAAAGCUGUUGCCUCCUCUGUUCAGCCGACAACUGGAGGGGGAGGAGCUACGGGAAACACAGGAGUAGAACUGGGAAAGAGGAAACGUGCCACGAAGGAAGUGCCUUGCAAGUCUGGAGCAGAGGAGGGAGGAGCCGGGAAAGGCACUGACAAGGUCAACUCCUCAGAGGAGCACAGUGGCACCAAGCGACAAAAGACUGACUCCAGUGCACCUCAAAGUGCCUCCUGCUCCACCUCAGCCCAAAAGAGCCCAGGUCCUGGUCGACCUCCCAGCAGCGAGAGUGAAGAAGAGGGUGGCUCUAAUACACAGCGCUCUCGUCAUCACAGGUCAAGUCCUCGGGAACAACGCCGCCACCAUAGUGAGGAAUCAGGGCGGUCUUGCAGUCGUUCUUCAAGACGUGGGGAAAGACGAGGCAGCAGUCGUAGGCGCCAUCGUGGCCAAACCUCCCGUAGUCAUUCAUACUCCAGCAGCUCCGAGCGCUCCUCAGCCGGCAGCAGCGCCUACAGCCACCGUAGCCGCAGCUACUCAGACAGCUACAGCGACUACAGCACAGAGGGUCGCAGGCGGAGACACUCUAAACGUUCGUCAGACUCUGAGUAUGAGAGGAGGGGCAGCCGAGGGCGUAGACGAUCCAGGAGACAUCAGUACUCCUCUUCAUCCUCAGAAGACUCCCGCUCACGUUCACGCAGCUACAGCCGCAGGAAGAGGCACCGGCGGCACCAUCGGAGCAGCUCAAGAAGCUCCAGUAGCUGGAGCCGCAGCACCAGUGCAAGAUCCUGGAGGCGCAGCUACAGCAGAAGCCACAGCUCAGCCAGCCGCUCCUCCAGUUCCACCAAAGGCUCUCCUCGCAGACGAGGCCCCAGGGCUCGAGGGGACACCGACGCACACCGGAGAGACUUCAACCGCUCUUGCAUCUACCGCUCCCAGUCUCCACGUUCAUCUUCAUCACGAGGCCUUAAUCGCAACACCCAUUCAUCCAGCUCACAGUCACUGAGGCCAGGGGGGUCCCGAGAUGCCGGGGAACAGAAAAACACCCUCACUGCGCGUCAGCUGCUGGAGAAGGUUCAGUCUAAAAAAAGCUCUGAUGAUUCUGCCACAGGAACAAAAUCUGGGAUUAAGAUUAAGGACCCACCACAGGGAUACUUUGGUCCCAAACUUCCUCCGACCCUGGGAAACAAAGCCAUGUUGCCGCUUUUUGGUAAGCUGCAGGCAGGGAAGAAACCACUGAUCCCCCUAACCAGACCUGAUGAGGGUGAGAAGUCAGGAGCAGGGAAGUGCUCCGAGGCUGAGGCAGAGGUUAUUCUGGUUGAGCCUAUAAGGGAGUUCCCCCCUCCACCACCACCUCCAGCUCCUCCGGUUCAGAAGGUUGAGGAGGCCCCGCAGAUCACAGUGGUGCAAGAGGAGACACAGCACCCUGCUACAGAAGCCCAGGUGCACCAAGAACCCCGGCCGUUGUUUGAACAGGAGCCUUCCAUGAUGAUGCCCCAGUACCAAGGGGAAUCAGGACAGGACCCUUCUCAGAUCUCCAUGAUGGAGUCCCUCAUGCCAGAAAUGCAGCAGCAACAGCAGCAGCAGCCUCCAAUGCAUACCUACCCUGCUUACCCACCACCCAACCUGGAGGAGGACGGCAUGGAGGCAGAGGAGGAUGGACUGGCUCCUUUAGAGAGUCAGCCCAUUACGUUUACGCCAGAGGAGAUGGAGAAAUACAGCAAGCUGCAACAGGCUGCACAGCAGCACAUCCAGCAGCAGCUUUUGGCCAAGCAGGUAAAGACAUUUCCGUCUGCUGCUGCAGCUGCAGCAGCCGCUGCAGCAGCUGCCAACUUGGCCCCAGCUCCCCCUCCCCCAGCCCUGCAGCAGAUCCACAUCCAGCAGCCCACUGUGUCUGUAGCCUCUGGCACAUCGAUCACCACAGUGCAACACGCCAUCCUGCAGCACCACGCUGCCACUGCUGCAGCCAUGGGCAUCCAUCCAGCACAUGCACACCACCCACACCCUGCACAUGCCCAGUUGGCCCAGGUACACCACAUUCCCCAGCACCACCUUACCCCCAUCUCCCUGUCUCCUUUGGGCCACUCCCUUGGUCAUUCUCUGGGACACUCACUUGGACAUGCUGGGCUGAUUCCUGCCCACCCAACAGCCUUCCUCUCUGGUCAGCCUAUACAUAUUAUACCAGCUUCUGCACUUCACCACACCCCUUUAGCUCUCCACCAUGUACCACAUACAGCCCUCUACCCCACACUUUUCACACCUCGGCCCUCACAAGCUGCUGCAGCAGCAGCUCUCCAACUUCAUCCACUGUUACACCCAAUUUUCUCAGGACAGGACCUCCAGCACCCACCGAACCAUGGCUCUUGAGUAACGAUACAAGUGAAGGAGUAAAGUCACAGCACCCAACCACUAGAAGAAAGACUUAACCUGACUUGGCUUGGUUAAGGGUUUUAAGAUGAAGUCUUGGCAGCAACAUGCAGGCAGUGAGACAGGAAGCUGUCAAUAAACCAUUUUACCGGUCAACACAGUGCAGAAGUUGUAGCCACAAAGUGGUGCUGCUUGUGUUUGGUUCAAAUUUGACACUAACAUUUUUUUCUGGUUCACGUGAGAUUUUUUUGUUCAUGUUUUGCCCUGAACAGGCUGUAAAUUUAAAAAGACUUCAAGACACUGGUUUAUAUUCCAUCUUGAGGUAUAUUAACACCACCCAUUUAUUUUUGAAGGAGAAGUCAGAGAAACCACUGGAGUUUUUUUUUUUUUUUUUUUUUUUUUUUCAUGUAGAAAUAUUAUUCUCACAGUUUUCUGCUCAUUUUGGCAGCCAAAGAGAGACGUAUUGGCUGGAGCUAUGAGCUGAUCAUGUUAAGAGGAGUAUGAGGUAGGCAAAUGGCUUCGACUCUGUAAUGUAACCUUCAGAGACAGACUACUUCAUAUUUACUGAUAUUGUUUAUGUUCUCAUAUGACUACUUGCUCUCUAUUGGAUUAUCAAAUAAUUUGUAAUGCAGUAACUUGUACAUAUAUAUCAGUGUGUAAUGUGAAGAAUCCCACCAAUGAUGACCAUAUGAAAUUACAGCUAUGGUGUCCAAAUCGGUAUGACAUAAGAACCCCCUCUCUAAGCAAGGGGGAGAUGUGAUGUAAGGGGUUGUAACAUCCCUGAUGCUCUGAGGCAAAGUUCAUGUUCCCUGUGGUGAGGGUGCACCUGAAAAAAAUUGCACUGAAAAUCUGUACAUGGAGAUGGUGCGUUUGCAUCAUGUAACAAUAAGAUUGUAGUAUACUGCAAUAAUUGUAUUUUUCUGUUUUUAAAUUAUUUUCCAAAAUGCUCUUCAAAAGAAGGGCUGUGUUUUGCUUUUGUGUAAUUUUGUAAAUAAAACUGCUGUAGAUUAACCUAUUAACAUUUUAGAGGUUUGGUAUUGGAAAAAAAAAAAAAACAGAACGAUGAGAUGGAUGGAAGCUGGUCACAUGUAUGUAUUUUAUCACGUUUGUUUAAUUAGCCCAGUUAAGAUGGGCUGGGAUGGUAAAGGAUAGUGGUUUGUCAAACAGUAGCAACUCUGUAUUUUUUAAAAACUUACUGUUUCAGCAAAUAAAAUCUUGAGUUCA